GCGUGCGUCGCUCCUGAUCUCGAAAUUUGGUGUCCGAAGCAUAACGCUACCAGCAGCCAGCCUAUCGCCUGCUCCUUUACAAUACAGUACUAGCAAAACCCGUUGUUAGAGCUAUGCUAAUGAUGCUAUGUGAGAAGAUGCGCCAUCAACCCUAUCGAUAACCCAGAAGCAGCAUUUGAUGAGAAGACUCAAAAGCUUGCGACUAUUCUCCACGUGGAAUGACGAGAGAAACGAAACUGCAACAGGCAGCCUCUAGGAGGUCUAACGCCGGAGGCAAGCGGAAAAGGUCCUCUAGAAGCGGUGGCGGGUCGAACGGCGAGCGGUCCAGCGCGGAGGCCAGGAGUUAUGAUACGAAAGACCGGUCCACCGCUCAAAGCGUAAUAAAGAAGCUAGUAACUGGUAUCAAAGAGUUAAUAAUAGAGGACGCCAAUCCAACGACCCCCGCCGCACUCGAUGAGCGCCUGGUCACUUACCGCCACAAUCAGAGUCUUAUCAACGACGAGAACAAUCUGGAGAUGCGGCUCCGGGAAAAUGCUAAUGCAAUUGAGAAACCAGGGAAGGGGUCUGCAUGGAAGCAUAAGCAUAUGCUCUCAUCCUAUCGAUACCUCCAGCGUAUGAAGCAAGAAAAAGUCGAAAUACACCCAGAUCAUGCAACGCAAGUCCAGCAACGAAGAUGGGAAGGGGGGAGUCAAUUUCUUAAUGAACUUGUGGACCGUCUCUAUGGGUUUCGGAAAGAGCUCGCUUUCGUAGUGUACCGUGCCGCUUGUCUGAAAAAUUUUGGCUUCCAUAACUGCUCACAACUCGGCACAAUACGAAGAGAGAAGGUGCUAGAGAUGAUUUUAGAUGGGUUACGGUAUAUUCCAAUCACGAUUUGCCUGCAAUCGCAGGUGAUACUUCCUCCAGCCUACCUUAGCUAUACCCAACUUGAGUAUCAAGAAGUAUGCUCGUUCCUCAAGCUUGGCAACUUCAAAGGCCUAGAUUUCACAAAUUCGGAGUUGGCAGAGGUUGGGUUGGAAGUAUCGCUUUCCAUAUUAAUCGCGAAGAGAGGCGGUCUUGGGGAGCUCCAGACUUUCGAAAAGAACGGCGUUCAAUUUUUGACAGACACUAUUGCCAAUCCGCAAGUCAUCGGCUUGGAUGGCCAACAGCUUACAAAAGAGCGAGGCCGAGCGGCAAGUUUGAUGCCUACUGAGGGCCCGGGGCCCCAGCGCGAGCCAAGUCGAAACACUUACGAGGCGAGAUACGGAGGCAACAGCACCAACCAGAGCCGCAUCGCAGAGUCUCAUCCAGGCAGCCCUCUUCUUUCACCACCAACGUGGCGACAUGACGCCAACUCACGAGCACUUUUUAGUGCUGGCUGGCCUAGAGAUCCGACGACAGGGGCUUCCAUCGAUUCCAGAGAAUGUUUUAGUUCAACACAGAGUACAGUCACGAAGCUUAGCCCAGAUUCUUGGUUAGCUGUGACUGCACAUCCCAACCCGCCCGACCGAGCUGGACUAGGCGGCCAGACCCAGGAAUCCUCCAAGCCACCUAUAAAUCCCGCCCAGUACGCCACGCCUCUCCAGUUGCUUGCGAAUAUGGCUGGACGGUCACAAUCUGCUGCCCAACUCAUGCACCCGCCGGCCGUGGUGUCUGCUAGUGACCCGACAAGUCCUGCGGCCACGGAGCCGGAUACUCGGCUUCCCAAUGGCUCCCGGAAAACUACCGGACCAAGCAUGUGGGAAAUUGGAGUCACGCGGCCGCAGGUGAUGCGGCUAAACCCCUUGCGGCUCGAAUUUGUGGGCGAUGUGUCGAUGGGAAUCACCACGAGCAACUCUAGACCCGCCGGUGCGGGCAACUUUAGUCUCCCUGGUUGGACAUAUUUCCCAAUCGGAUGUUUUGGGCUCAACCAAGGAGACGUGGUUUGGGUAGGGGAUAUUAGAGUCGGAACGGGCACAGGCAUCCCAGUAGUACCAAGCGACAUCACUAACGAAGCAUCAGCAGUCUCUUCCGAGCUCUCGCGUCUUGACCAGAUUAUGCCAGUAGCAAACCACUCGGGCAACAACUAUAUUCCGGCUCCAAUUUACCGAACUAUGGACGUCGCUUCUACAGUAGACGGUUUGGAGCAACCCUCUAGCCUCGAUCAAGUUUCGCCGGAUAACUUGGACAACUUCCUUAGGUUUUCAAGUUUGCCAGAGUAGUCAUAGUUAUUAGGCAUUAAACCCCCCUCCUUCGCUCGUGUCUUUCCUUGGAAAUGUUCGAUGCAUAACACUA